GGCAUGUGGCACUGGCCAGUUUGUUAAACUUAUUAAACUUUAGUCAAGAAGAUCUAUUACAUAGAUCUAGAAGUCUAGCUCCAAAAUGUCGCCGUGUAGGGAAUUAAUUACCAAAGUUUUUCCUCACAUCGAUCAUGAAAUUUCGGAUUAUGUAAAUGGAAUGCUUGAGGAUGGUGGUGAUGACUUUGAAACAUCAGAUGAUCUUUAUGACGCAAUAGGGGUUAUGUUGCAGCAGGCUGAUGAAUCAAAGACAGAAGAAGAAGUUAAGGAAAUUUGUGACAGACUCCAUAGUUUACUGCACAAGUCAAAUGGUGUGGCAACAAGUAUCAAUGGGUUGAACAAAAUAUUAGAGGCACCUUUCCAGAUGUCUGACAUGGCUGAGGAAAAUGGCACCAGUGAUCAUAGCAUAUGGCUGAUAAAGAGAGACAACUCUAGUAUUGUUGACCAGAAAAAGUUGGAGAAAGCCGACAAGAAGAUUCAGAAGAAAUUAGGCAAGCGUGAUCAAACUACUCUAAAGAAGGUAGAAAGUGUCCCUGAGAUGGCCAGUGCUAGUCAGCAGAUAAACAAAAGAGAUGCCAAGAUGGAUGCUUCUGGUACCAACAAGUCCUAUGAUAUUAAGUUGGAGAAUAUUGACAUCUCUUAUGGAGAUAAGGUACUACUGACUGGUGCAGAUCUUCACCUUGUGUUUGGUCGGCGCUACGGUUUCACUGGGCGCAAUGGUUUGGGAAAGACAACUUUGCUCAAGAUGUUGUCCAGUGGCUCCCUGAAGAUUCCAUCCCAUAUUACAGUUCUCCAUGUGGAACAGGAAGUAGCAGGGGAUGAUACUCCAGCCUUGCAGAGUGUACUGGAGUGUGAUGAGAAGAGAGAGUCAUUACUGAAAGAAGAGAAGUCUUUGUCAUCUCAGCUGCAGUCAUCUAGUCCAGGCAAUGACAAAGAUGGAGAAGUGUCAUCCCGCUUACAAGAGGUGUACAAACAACUGACAGCUAUUGAGUCUGACAAGGCUCCAGCCAAAGCUGCCAUGAUACUUAAUGGUCUUGGCUUCUCUAGCAGUGAUCAGCAAAGACCGACAAGGGAAUUCUCUGGUGGCUGGAGAAUGAGAUUAGCUUUAGCAAGAGCUUUGUUUAGAAAACCAGAUCUCUUGUUGCUUGAUGAGCCCACAAACAUGUUGGAUAUGAAAGCCAUCAUUUGGCUGGAGAAUUAUUUACAGACUUGGCCAACAACUAUCCUUGUAGUGUCUCACGACAGACUGUUUCUGGACUCUGUGUCUACAGACAUUAUCCAUUUACACUCAUGCAAACUGGAGUCUUAUAGGGGAAACUACGAAGUCUUUCAUAAAACUAGAGAGGAGAGGCUGAAGAAUCAGAGGAAGGAGUAUGAGGCACAAAAGCAGUAUAGGGACCAUAUACAGGUGUUCAUAGAUAGGUUCCGAUACAAUGCCAACAGAGCUGCCCAGGUACAAAGUAAACUCAAGCUCUUGGAGAAAUUGCCCGAGAUUCAUCCACCAGAGAAAGAAUCUGAAGCAGUACUCAGGUUUAAUGAGUGUGACAAGCUAUCUCCCCCUAUACUGCAACUUGAUGAUGUUACAUUCUACUACAACAAAGACAGGAUACUCUUCAAUAAAGUCUGUGUCAAUGCCAACAUGGAUUCCAGGAUUUGUAUAGUAGGUGACAACGGUGCAGGUAAAACAACCUUACUGAAGCUGUUGUUGGGAGAACUGGAGCCGUGUAGUGGGUACCGUCAUGCUCACAGAAAUCUGAGGAUUGGUUACUUUAGCCAACACCAUGUGGACCAACUGGAUAUGUCUGUGAACUCUGUUCAGCUUUUAGCCAACAGAUUUCCUGGUAUGCCUCAAGAGAGUUACAGAAACCAACUUGGAUCUUUUGGUGUUUCUGGUGAUUUGGCACUGCGCCCUGUGUCCAGUUUAUCUGGAGGACAGAAAAGUCGAGUGGCUUUUUCUGUAAUGAGUAUGACAAAUCCAAAUUUUUUCAUCCUAGAUGAGCCUACGAAUCACUUGGACAUGGAAACUAUUGAAGCUUUAGGAGAUGCACUGAUCAAGUUUCCUGGUGGUGUUAUUUUAGUCUCUCACGAUGAACGACUAAUACGAAGUAUCUGCAAAGAGCUGUGGGUGGUACAAGGUGGCACUGUCACAUCUCUAGAUGGUGGAAUAGAGGAGUACAAACGACUAGUUCAGAUCGAGCUUGAGUCUCACUGACCAUUGUAUCAACUUUGUGAAUAGAAAACUUAAUUUAUGUUCAGGCCAUUGGUUUAGUGAAAUUAAACAAUAAAAUUGUACAUAAUUA